AUGGCAUACUGGAUGCACACUGAUGAAGAACAAUGUCUUCUCUUCCCCUCUACCCUCUCUGGCGGAGCUCUGAAUUGGUAUUGCCGUCUUCCACCUGAGACAGUAGACUCAUUUGAGGAACUGAGGAAACUGUUUGUCUUUCAACACAUCUUCCAGACAGAUCGCUUGCAUUCCGCAGAUGACUUGUACAUUAUUCGCCAGAAGCCGGACAAGUCACUACGAAAGUAUGCAGGCUGUUUCAGCCAUGAGUAUUCUCGCUGCGCUGAGGUAGAUGACGAAACCGCCCUCAAAGCCUUCACGGCAAAUCUAUGUGAUUGUUUCUUUAAGUACAUGAUCAAUGCCAACACUUAG